GACCUUGGCCAGCCCGUCAGCCUCUCUGAGUCUUGUUCGCCCCGGGACAGAGAAAUGGGGGCGACCUAGGCAUGCCUUUCUGCGCGUGCAGCUUUCGACGGCCCCUUUGCCUAGCGCGGCUGCACUUGCCUUUCUCCCCCCUGGAACUAGGGCUUCCGAGCUUUUUGAAGUAUAUACUACAAUGCUGUACAGUAACACCACUGUACGACAGACCGCCAGAAUUUCCUAUUUCUAUCUAGAUCUGUCCAUACUAAUGAAAAUGUAACUGGAACCGAUCUGAUGAUAAAACCAAGGAUCAUUAGACAAGAUCACGUGGGAGGAAACCUUGCUUCCUAAUGAAGACACCAACAUUCAGAAUUUCUCCCUAUUCAAAGUUGUUCGUGUAAUUGCCCUUAAAUGAGGUGAGAACAAAUGGACUAGAGCCAUCUCUGGACAGCAUUGUGCUACUCCGUUCCCUAAGAAGCUGCCCUCUGGAGCACUUGAUUUGACUAUAUCUGCUUUGAGGAUUCAUUAUGAACAAGGAAGUCUCCCAGGUGUGAAGUUUGUCAACAUGAGUGGCCUUGGGGACAGUUCAUCCGACCCUGCGAACCCAGACUCACAUAAGAGAAAAGGAUCGCCAUGUGACACACUGGCAUCAAGUACUGAGAAGAGGCGCAGGGAGCAAGAAAAUAAGUAUUUAGAAGAACUAGCUGAAUUACUGUCUGCCAACAUCAGUGACAUUGACAGCUUGAGUGUAAAACCAGAUAAAUGCAAGAUUUUGAAGAAAACAGUAGAUCAGAUACAGCUAAUGAAGAGAAUGGAGCAAGAGAAAUCAACAACUGACGAUGAUGUGCAGAAGUCCGACAUCUCAUCCAGCAGUCAAGGGGUGAUAGAAAAGGAGUCGCUAGGCCCUCUUCUUUUGGAGGCUUUAGAUGGAUUUUUCUUUGUUGUGAACUGUGAAGGAAGAAUUGUAUUUGUGUCAGAAAAUGUGACCAGCUACUUGGGAUACAAUCAGGAGGAAUUAAUGAAUACCAGCGUCUACAGCAUACUGCACGUGGGAGAUCAUGCAGAAUUUGUCAAGAAUCUGCUACCAAAAUCACUAGUAAAUGGAGUUCCCUGGCCUCAAGAGGCAACACGCCGAAAUAGCCAUACAUUUAACUGCAGGAUGCUAAUUCACCCUCCAGAUGAGCCAGGUACUGAGAACCAAGAAGCUUGCCAGCGCUAUGAAGUAAUGCAAUGUUUCACAGUGUCACAGCCAAAAUCAAUCCAAGAAGAUGGCGAAGAUUUCCAGUCAUGUUUGAUUUGUAUUGCUCGGCGAUUACCUCGGCCUCCAGCUAUUACAGGCGUAGAGUCCUUUAUGACCAAGCAAGAUACUACAGGUAAAAUCAUCUCUAUUGAUACUAGUUCCCUGAGAGCUGCUGGCAGAACUGGCUGGGAAGAUUUAGUAAGGAAAUGCAUUUAUGCUUUUUUCCAACCUCAGGGCAGAGAGCCAUCUUAUGCCCGACAACUGUUUCAAGAAGUGAUGACUCGUGGCACUGCCUCCAGCCCAUCCUAUAGAUUCAUAUUGAAUGAUGGGACAAUGCUUAGCGCCCACACCAAGUGUAAACUUUGCUACCCUCAAAGUCCUGACAUGCAACCUUUCAUCAUGGGAAUUCAUAUCAUCGACAGGGAGCACAGUGGGCUUUCUCCUCAAGAUGACACUAAUUCUGGAAUGUCAAUUCCCCGAAUAAACCCCUCAGUCAAUCCUGGUAUCUCUCCAGCUCAUGGUGUGACCCGUUCAUCUACGUUGCCACCAUCCAACAACAACAUGGCCUCUGCCAGAGUAAACCGCCAACAGAGCUCAGACCUUAAUAGCAGCAGCAGUCAUAGUAAUUCUAGCAACAGCCAAGGGAGUUUUGGAUGUUCACCUGGAAAUCAGAUUGUAGCCAAUGUUGCCUUAAACCAGGGACAGGCAGGUUCCCAGAGCAGUAAUCCCUCUUUGAACCUCAAUAAUUCUCCUAUGGAAGGUACAGGAAUUUCCCUCACGCAGUUCAUGUCUCCGAGGAGACAGGCUAAUUCUGGCUUGGCAACAAGGGCUAGGAUGCCAAACAAUUCAUUUCCUCCAAAUAUUCCAACAUUAAGCUCCCCAGUUGGCAUUACUAGUGGUGCCUGUAAUAAUAAUAACCGGCCCUAUUCAAAUAUCCCAGUAACAUCUUUACAAGGUCUGAAUGAAGGACCCAAUAACUCUGUUGGCUUCUCUGCUGGUUCUCCAGGCCUUAGGCAGAUGAGCUCACAGAAUUCACCUAGCAGAUUAAGUAUGCAACCAGCAAAAGCUGAGUCCAAAGAUAACAAAGAGAUUGCAUCCAUUUUAAAUGAAAUGAUCCAAUCUGACAACAGUGCUAAUGAUGGCAAACCUCUGGACUCAGGACUUAUGCAUAACAAUGACAGACUCUCUGAUGGAGACAGUAAAUACUCUCAAACUAGUCACAAACUAGUACAGCUGUUGACAACAACUGCAGAACAGCAGUUGCGGCAUGCUGAUAUAGACACAAGCUGCAAAGAUGUACUUUCUUGCACCGGCACUUCCAGCUCUGCCUCCACUAAUCCUUCAGGAGGUACUUGCCCCUCUUCCCACAGUUCUCUGACUGAGCGUCACAAAAUUCUGCACCGGCUUUUACAGGAGGGCAGUCCCUCAGACAUCACCACUUUGUCUGUGGAACCAGAGAAAAAGGACAGUGCGUCAACUUCUGCCGUGUCAGUGCCUGGACAAGCCCCGGGGAAUGCCAGCAUAAAACUAGAACUGGAUGCUUCAAAGAAAAAAGAGUCAAAAGACCAUCAGCUCCUGCGCUACCUUUUAGACAAAGAUGAGAAAGAUUUAAGAUCAACUCCAAACCUGAGUCUGGACGAUGUAAAGGUCAAAGUGGAAAAGAAAGAACAGAUGGAUCCUUGUAACACAAACCCAACCCCAAUGACCAAACCUGCUCCCGAGGAAGUUAAACUGGAGUCCCAGAGCCAGUUCGCAGCUGACCUUGACCAGUUUGAUCAGUUACUGCCCACGCUGGAGAAGGCAGCACAAUUGCCCAGCUUGUGUGAGACAGACCGGAUGGAUGGUACGGUCACUGGCGUCAACAUCAAGUCAGAGAUGCUGCCAGCGUCCCUUCAGCCCACCCCUGCCAGAUCUGCUCCCAGGCUGAACAGAUUGCCUGAACUAGAAUUAGAAGCAAUCGAUAACCAGUUUGGACAACCAGGAGCAGGCGAUCAGAUUCCAUGGGCAAAUAAUACUGUGACGACAAUAAAUCAGAAUAAACCAGACGACCAAUGCAUUAGCUCACAAUUAGAUGAGCUUCUCUGUCCACCAACAACAGUAGAAGGAAGAAACGACGAGAAGGCCCUCCUGGAACAACUGGUGUCCUUCCUCAGUGGCAAAGAUGAAACGGAGCUGGCUGAGCUAGACAGAGCGCUGGGGAUCGACAAACUUGUCCAGGGAGGUGGAUUAGAUGUAUUGUCCGAGAGGUUCCCACCACAGCAAGCAACGCCCCCUCUGAUGAUGGAAGAAAGACCCGCCCUCUACCCCCAGCCAUACUCAUCUCCUUCUCCUACCGCCAGCCUCCCUGGCCCUUUCCAAGGCAUGGUCAGGCAGAAGCCUUCCCUGGGGACUAUGCCAGUUCAAGUGGCACCUCCCCGAGGCACCUUUUCACCCAGCAUGGGCAUGCAGCCCCGGCAGACUCUAAACAGACCUCCAGCUGCACCCAACCAGCUGCGACUUCAGCUACAGCAGCGGUUGCAGGGACAGCAGCAGUUGAUGCACCAAAACCGGCAAGCUAUCUUGAACCAGUUUGCAGCAACUACUCCUGUUGGCAUGAACAUGAGGUCAGGCAUGCAGCAGCAGAUCACACCUCAGCCACCUUUGAAUGCUCAGAUGUUGGCUCAGCGUCAACGGGAAUUGUACAGUCAACAGCAUCGACAGAGGCAGAUUAUACAGCAGCAAAGAGCCAUGCUCAUGAGGCACCAAAGUUUUGGGAACAACAUCCCUCCUUCAUCUGGACUGCCAGUUCAAAUGGGGAACCCCCGUCUUCCUCAGGGUGCUCCACAGCAGUUCCCCUACCCACCAAACUAUGGUACAAAUCCAGGAACCCCACCUGCUUCUACCAGCCCUUUUUCUCAACUGGCAGCAAAUCCUGAGGCGUCCUUGGCCACCCGCAGCAGCAUGGUUAACAGAGGCAUGGCAGGAAACAUGGGAGGACAAUUUGGCACUGGCAUCAAUCCUCAGAUGCAGCAGAAUGUCUUCCAGUAUCCAGGAUCAGGACUGGUUCCCCAAGGUGAGGCCAACUUUGCCCCAUCUCUAAGCCCUGGGAGUUCCAUGGUGCCGAUGCCAAUCCCUCCUCCUCAGAGCUCUCUGCUCCAACAAACUCCACCCGCUUCUGGGUACCAGUCACCAGACAUGAAGGCCUGGCAGCAAGGAACAAUGGGAAACAACAAUGUGUUCAGUCAAGCUGUCCAGAACCAGCCUGCACCUGCACAGCCAGGAGUGUACAACAACAUGAGCAUCACCGUAUCCAUGGCAGGUGGAAAUGCGAAUGUUCAGAACAUGAAUCCAAUGAUGGGCCAGAUGCAGAUGAGCUCUUUGCAGAUGCCAGGGAUGACUACUGUGUGCUCUGAGCAGAUGAAUGAUCCAGCACUGAGACACACAGGCCUCUACUGCAACCAGCUCUCAUCCACUGACCUUCUCAAAGCAGAAGCAGAUGGAAACCAGGACAAGAAGACAGAAGAGUUCUUCUCUGUGGUGACUACAGACUAGAGGAAUGCUCUACAGGUGCAACAGGUUCAGGUGUUUGCUGACGUCCAGUGUACAGUGAAUCUGGUAGGCGGGGACCCUUACCUGAACCAGCCUGGUCCACUGGGAACUCAAAAACCCACAUCAGGACCACAGACCCCCCAGGCCCAGCAGAAGAGCCUCCUUCAGCAGCUACUGACUGAAUAACCACUUUUAAAGGAAUGUGAAGUUUAAAUAAUAGACAUGCAGAGAUAUACAAAUAUAUUAUAUAUUUUUCUGAGAUUUUUGAUAUCUCAAUCUGCAGCCAUUCUUCAGGUCAUAGCAUUUGGAGCAAAAAAUAAAUAAAUAAAAAUUUUAAAAAAAAGUUCAUUUUUGCUGGGAGAUUGAGAGAUGGUUUUACUUUCUUUGUAAAGGCCUUGGAUAUUGAAAAGAAUAACAAGGCAGAACAGUUGGACAAUCUUAUUUCUUGAGCCAAAAGUUAAUUAUUCUUAUUUUUAUAAUCAGUCAUUGGCUUCUUUUCUGGAUGAAGGCUUUUGGAGGGAAACCAAAAUAACAAGUUCCAAGGGGAGAUGAAGCCCUGCCUCACCGGCUCAACCCUGUCCCUGCCCUGGAAGAAGAGCCCAUGGGGCUUUGCCUGUCUGUCCACCAGAGGCUGUCAAGUUCCUCCCACCAACAGCCACCCCUCCCCGACCCCAGGCAGCUCGUGUGUACAAUCAGCUUCUCCAAGCAACUCUGUCUGUUGGCAUCAAGAGAAUAUUUUGCUUCUACAUAUGCACCCCUUCUCCUUUUUAUAAAGAUGGAUUGAAACCAAGAUGCCUCCAGGAAAGAGGAUGAAACGAGUAUAUUCACUGAGGAAUCCAAAAAAUGCAGUUUGGGGGAAAAUGCAAUAAUUUUUGUUGAGAUGGGUGAAAGACAAGAACCGAGUUCUAUCAAUUAUUGUAGAUAAAAUUUUCUGAUUAAGUCUGCGGGGGAAAGCAGCCUGUUCUUUCUGCUUUUACUAUGUUAACAGCGAGGUAGCUAAAGUUAUUUAAAAUAAAAUUAAAUUUAUGAUCCGAGUAGCUUAUUUUUUCCUUAAAUCUCACUGUAAAUAUAUUUUGAUUUCUUGUAGAAAUUGAUUUUGUUCUGUUUAAUUUUAUGCUUUGAUCAUAUUGGUUUUUUUUUAAAUUUGUGUGUGAAGUAUAAUGUUGGUUGAUUACAAUUACACUUGGCUAGUAAUUUCAUUAUCCCAGUGACUGUGAAGCCAUGUAUGGAUUUACUUUGGGACUCACCAAAGUGGCAGUGCCAGAAGGAGCUAUUCUAGCUGAGCUAGGGCAGACCACCCCAGGGUGUCGCAGGCCGUUUGUAGGAAGGGAAAUCAGAGCUCGCUCAAAGCAAAUCUGCUUUUUCUGUCUCAGAAUGACUUUGGGAAUUUGAAUUUCCAUCAGUGCAAAUACAAGUUUCUCUAUUCUGCUCUGAGGCUAAUUGGUACCAUGUUUUCCCGUUGUCUUGUUACUCUGCCACAUCCCGUCUCACCCUGGCCCCGAGAAAGGGGCCAGCGAACUGACUCUAGUGCUAGAAGUUCUGCCACAGGCAGGAGAGCUUGAGCAAGGUGUCGCCAGAGAGGCCAAGGGAGCCCUCCAGCACUAACCUUGAUCUGCAUCCGUGGGCCUGCUGACGACAAUACUGACCUUCUGCACCAGCUCCCUCUGCUCACAGAACAGAGGAAAGGCCAUAAGAACCAAUGCAGAUGAGGAGCAUGGACUCAAGACUUCAAGGAAGAAGCCAUUUCCCCAGGUCCUUCCUUCUGCAUCUCACCACCCCUAAUUUCAAAUAACUCCAUUGAACAGCAUCUAUUCAGAAACUACAGCAUUUUGAAAAUGGUGGAAGGGCUCGUGUGGUAGCAACUAUGAAACAGAAAUAGGACCCUCAGUUGCAAACAUUAUCUUUUUUUAGUUUUCCAGAAAAUGCAUCCCUGAUCUCAUUCAUUUCCAGCUUGAAAGCCCAGCCAUAUUACUCUAGUUCCUCCCAAACUGCUCUAGGAGGUCGUUUCCAUUUUGUUUGUGAUAAGCGUGCAGACUUCAGGAAGUUAACCUCUAACUUCAGCAUUCCAGAUGAAGUUUCCUGACUCAGUGCUUUUGCAUCAGGACCUAGAAGAGAAAAGCAGUAAGGAAAAUUGGAGAUGCUAACGUCCUCCCCCAUCCCCACUGCACCUUAAAGUAUGCAUGUCACCUUCGAGGUUUUAUAAUUGCACUGUUUGUUUUAUGUAUGUACAGAUUAAAAUUAUUGCUACAUUUGAGGAAAAUAAAAUUGCUUGCUUCUAUGUAAUUCCUGUCAUUCCACAGGAAAUUGACUUUUCCAGCUACUGAAUAGAAUUUGUUUAACAACCUCA